GAUGACAAGUGCAUUAUAGGUUAUGAUUAAUAUUUGUGGUACUUUUUAGGGAAAUAAAACACCAAUAAAGUAAGAUCAUUCGAGUGCACAGUUUAAUAUUCAUGAAACUGAGUCAAUUCCUGUUGUAAAAACAUAGCAUGGUAAUUUGUUUGUGUUAGUAAACAAAUCAAUGGAACUGGGUGAGGAACAAGAAAAUUGUGUUGAAAAUGUUGAAGAGCAAAUCAAAAAACUGGAAGCGGAAAAGAAAAGAAUCCAGGAUGAAUUCAACGUCCAACGAGCCAAAAUGAAAGAACUCUUCCUUCAGAAAGAAGAUGAAUUGAUGAGAAGAAAUCACGAAAACGCUCGACUCAAUUCCGAGAUAGUUGAAUUAAAGCGAGAGUUAGACGACUUGAAAAGUCAAUUAGUAAUUGCUGGAAUGACGUUAGAGAACAGUUUCGAGCAAGAAAAACGAAAAGCAAACGAAGAAAUCGCAUCUUUACAGCAGCUAGUUCAUGAAACCGUUGAAGAAUCGAGUUCCACGAGAAGUUUGUACGAUAGAGAGCUUAAAAAUUUGCAACAGUAUAUCCAGCAGCUACAAAAUGAGAUUUUGGUUUUGAAACAACAAAAACAACAGUCACCCCACCACGCAGCUCAGGAAUCGAGCAGUUUAGCUCCUAGUGUUGUUCUCAAUGCCUUGACAAAAGGAAUUGCGAAAAAGUUAGGCGCUGAGGCUUUCACGAGUCAGGAUAGUGGAGAUGACAGCAUUCGAAAGGUAGACAACAGUGAUCACACUCAAGAAGACCCCGAAGUGCUACGGUCACUAAUCGGCCCCCUCGAGGACCAAAUCCAAGCUCUUAAAGAAAAAUUAAGAGCAACCGAUGAGCAACUCCAGAAAUGUCGGGAAUGCGGUCACCGGGAGCAAGACCGCCACGACCAUAACGUAUCAACCAACACCUCCUUCGACUCCCCAAAACAUGCGACUUCAUGUGAUAUGUGCAGCAACUAUGAAGACCAACUCGUUGCCGAGCAGAAGAAAACCACCGAUCUUGAAGCCAAAGUACAAAUGGCGGACAAAGCCGCCGAAAGACACAAAGAAGACUUACUGAAAGAAAUCGGUUUUAGAAAAGAAAUGGAAGAAAAGUGGAACGAGAAGAAAGAAGAGCACAAACAACAAGUCGCCGAAUUGACGAGGAGCACGGAGUGCGCCGAGCAAGACUUGAAGGAGUUGAGGCAGAUGUUUCAGCAGACGUGUAGUGAAAUGAACGAGAUGCUGAAACGACUAACGAAAGGGAGGGAGAAAAUUCAGGAGGAGCUGACUGCGUUGCAAAAAGAAAACGAUAAUUUGGUUGGGAAGUACACCAUCCAUUCCCAGGAGUUGCAAAGCGAGGCCAUCAAUCUGCCUAACACUGUGGAGGAAUUACACGAACUGGUUUUAAAGCACCACCAGGACUUGAUCAUCGCGAAAAUUGGUAAAGAAGCGGCGGAGGAAAAAGUGAAUACGUUGCAGUCGGAUAUUUUGUUGCUGAGAGACCAAAUCACGAACGAUCAACAUGAAAAAGAAUUGAUUGAAAAUAAUUUGGCUCAAGAGAUUGAUUUAUUGAAGAAACAAAAGCACCAAUUAGAAAAAGAAAAGAAACUUUAUUUAGCAAAUCAAGAGAAACUAGAGAAUUCGGAAAAAGCCAAUUUGGUCAAAAUUGAAGAAUUACAAAAACAAAUACAUGAUGUGCUUACAAUCAAAAAACAUUUGGAGGAGCAGAACAGCGAACUGCGGACUCGCGUGUCGUCUCUUCAACAAGAACUUGACACAAGUGAAACCGUCCAGAAAGAUUUUGUAAGACUGUCGCAGAGUCUACAGGUCCAACUGGAAAAAAUUCGGGAGUCAGAUACCCAGGUUAGAUGGCAACACGAAGAAGACGUAAAAAACUGUCCAAGUUGCCAUUCAGAAUUCGCCGGGUCUAAACGCAAGGAACACUGCAAGCACUGCGGCCAGAUUUUCUGCCAGAGCUGUUUGACUCGAACUGUGGAAAGUGGGGCUAGUAUGCUUCCAUCAAGAGUUUGUGAUGUAUGUCAUACCUUACUAGUCAAAUCCUCUGCACCUUACUUUAGUGAAGCUCCACCCAUGACUUGAUGAGGGGGCACUUUCAGAAAUAUUCAAAUGUUAACUAAUUUUAUUACUGUAUUCCAAACGUAUAGUCUAUGAACUUCGAAAAUAUUUUAAAAAAUGAAAAAUUAUGAUUUAUGAAAAUAAUUUAAUGAAAUAGUUGAAAUUAUGAAACAAAAAAUAAAUACGUCUUCGUGCA